AGAGCGAGUGACAGCUAGUAGAGCGAUGGGGUGGGGGAAGAGUGAAUUGUGAAGCUUGUAACGCGUGUAACGCUACGUGAUCGUUCUUAGAAAGAGGUCAGGUUUAAGUACAAAGGUUUUGGUGGUAUUAUUUCACCACUUGCGUAUUGUAUAUAAUACAGUUCUUAAAUAUGGCUAAAUGCAAGGUUAAGAUCGGAAUUAUAGGUGGCACUGGACUGGACGAUCCUGACAUUUUGGAGAACCGGAAAGAAACAUCUGUUACAACACCAUUUGGGAAUCCAUCUGAUGUGCUAAUUGAGGGGAAAAUUGAUGGAGUCGAUUGUGUUCUUUUGGCGAGGCAUGGACGCAAGCACACCAUCAAGCCAAGCAGUGUUAAUUACCGAGCCAACAUCUGGGCCCUGAAGGAAGUGGGAUGCACUCACGUACUUGCAUCAACAGCAUGCGGUUCCCUUCGUGAGGAAAUAAAACCAGGGGACUUUGUCUUGUUGGGUUCAUUUAUAGACAGGACAACAUCUCGUGUUCAAACAUUUUAUGAUGGUGCUCCAAAUUCACCACCUGGUGUGUGUCACAUUCCAAUGGAGCCAGCCUACUGUCCAUUCAUGCCAAAACUAGUGUCAGAAUCAGCACAAGCUCUGAAGCUGAAGAUUCACCCUGGAGUGACAUGUGUAGUUAUAGAAGGACCGCGGUAUUCCUCACUUGCAGAGAGUAAAAUGUACCGUUUCCUUGGAGGAGAUGUCAUCAACAUGACCAAUAUACCAGAGGUUGUGUUGGCAAAGGAGGCUGGACUCUGCUAUGCAGCAAUUGGGUUAAUAACAGAUUACGACUGCUGGAGAGACACCGGAAAUAAAGUGUGUGUAGAUGAGGUUAUGCACACCUUCAAGUCGAAUGUGCAGAAUUUGAUUGCAUUGCUGAAGCAUGUUAUUCCUGUUAUUGCAAAUGAAGAAUGGGAUAAAGUAAUUGAAUCUCUCAAGGAAAGUGUUAAAAGCAGUGUAAUGCUUCCCUCAUAAAUUGGCUUGUUACCAUGUAACACUGCUGGAAUUCCAUCACAAGAUAUUUUGUGAAAAUAAAUAAGUAAGAAAGUUUCUGAA